CCUCGACCGCCGAACAUGGCCUCAGCCAGCCCGCCAGAUGGCAGCUCAGUCAACCCAGCCACUCCAGCCAAGACACACCAUCCACCCAUCCCCCUCUGGAAGCUCGUUACUUCGCAAUCCGCCUUCACACCUGACGUGCUCGAACACACCUUUCCUGGGAGCGGAACCCCUGAGGACCCUUACCGUGUAGAAUGGAUCCCCGACGAUUCUCGCAAUCCUCUCAUCAUGCCACAAUGGAUCAAGUGGAUGAUCACCAUUAUCCAAGCUUUCGCCUUCCUGUCCAUCACCUUCGCUUCGUCUGCCAUGUCGGCCACCGACCCGCAGCUGGAAGAGCAUUUUGGCGCCAGCAGCACCUUGGUGAUAGCUGAUACGUCGCUCUUCAUCCUGGCUUUUGCCAUUGGGCCAGCCGUGUGGGCGCCGCUUUCCGAACUAUACGGACGACAGGUCGUAUGCAUGCUCACGUACGCCUUGGCGACUCUCUUCAGCGGUGCCGUCAUCGCGAGCAAAAACAUCGCCACUGUCUUAGUUCUGAGAUUCUUCUCAGGCGCUUUCGGGGCGUCGGCAAUCACGAACUCGGGCGGCGUCGUGUCGGACAUGUUCACGGCCCGCGACCGUGCGGUUGCCAUGCUUGCCUUCAUCGGUGCUCCGUUCUUGGGUCCCAGUAUCGCUCCGAUAGCGUGCAAUUAUCUUGCCGUUGCCGCUGGAUGGCAGUGGGUUGCUGCUUUGAUCACUUUCUUUGUCGGAGCUGCCUUCGUUGGCGUUCUGUUCGUACCGGAGACAUAUCAUCCAGUUCUGCUACGGCGCCGCGCAGCUAAGCUUAGCAAGAUAACGGGAAAGGUUUACAAAAGCAAGCUGGAUGACGGGACGAAGACUCCAGCGGUCGUCUUCAAUACCGCUAUGGUGAGACCUUGGGCUUUGCUGUUCAGGGAACCCAUCGUUUUGUUCUUAUCCCUGUACAUGGCCAUUAUUUACGGUACCAUGUAUAUGGAAUUCGCUGCCUUCCCUAUCGUCUUCAUCGGCUCUCGAGGAUGGAGUCAGGCCAAUUCUGGUCUGUCCUUUGUUGGAAUGGGUAUCGGGCAGAUCAUUGGAGUGGUUAUCUCGUACUUCGACAAUACGAGGUACAAGCGUGUGAUCGACCGCUUACCCGAGGACACCACGGUGGCGCCGCCAGAAGCGCGACUAUUUCCAUCUCUGAUUGGUGCCGUUCUGCUACCCAUCGCACUGUUUGAAUUCGCUUGGACAAAUUACCCCAGUAUCCAUUGGAUUGCCUGUCAGAUUGGCACCGUAGGCCUCGGUAUCUCACACGUCCUCAUCUUCUUGAGUGUAGCAAACUACCUCGUCGAUACGUAUACUCUCUAUGCUGCCUCGGCAUUGGCUGCAAACACCAUCAUCCGAGCCCUUUUCGGCGCAGCCUUUCCUUUGUUUACUACUCCAAUGUAUAAUAGUCUUGGUAUUCAUUGGGGUUCGUCCAUCCCUGCAUUCUUGGCGCUGGUGUGCGCCCCGUUCCCUUAUCUUUUCCAUACAUAUGGGCCUAGAGUUCGCAGGCACUGUAGAUACGCAGCUGAGUCAGCUCGUAUCCUAGACGUGCUGCACAAUAAGUCGAACAAGGCUCAGGAACCGAGUGGCAGCGAACUGGCUCAAACCGGGGAGAAGAAAGUCUGA